AUGUCAGAAAUAACAGAAUAUGGAGUGUUGAAACACAAAUAUACACGAGCACAAAUUUCUCUAAGUAAAGAAAAAUUUCUAGAGCUAGAUGAAGCCAUGAAAAAAAUUAAAGACAGGGAAAUAACAUUAAAAGAAGCAGCAGGACAUGGAAUAGCUGGUCAUCAAGGAUUUAAUCGAUGCAACUGCAAAACUGGUUGUGGUACUAAAAAAUGUGUUUGUAAUGCAGUGGAAAUGUUGUGCAGUUCAAAAUUUCAUAGUAACCAAAAUUGUACAAAUAAAUAA